AUGAAUACUCUGCUCAUCCAUCAUUGGACCGCCCUUAACAACGCCCUCUCCUCCAACGAUAUUGGGCGCGACCUGGAUGGCAAAACUUUGGACUUAGCUACUGUUGUGGCUGGUGCCCGAUAUGGGAAACGCGUUUCGCUUUCACAAAACACCCGCAAGCAAGUGCAGCGGUCGGAAGCGGUGUUGAGGAAACAUUUGGCGGAUGGGGAGCUGAUUUACGGCGUUAAUACGGGUUUUGGCGGCAGUGCCGAUACAACAACCGAUGCCGUAAAUAAGCUUCAAGAAAAUUUACUGCAGAUGCUUCAGGCUGGUGUCAAACUAGAUGGAUCAAGCCCAGUUCUUGCAGAGGAGCAGAAAGACGAUGUCCUGCCCCUUGACGACCCAACUUCCGCGACCAUCAUGCCGGAGUCUUGGACCCGAGCAACCAUGAUUAUCCGAUUGAACUGCCUUGCUUCAGGAUAUUCCGGCAUCCGGCAGUCCGUCUUGGAUGUGCUGCUCCAGAUGAUAGAGCAACAUAUCACGCCCCGAGUUCCGCUGAGAGGCAGUAUAUCUGCCUCUGGUGAUCUCAGCCCACUAUCAUACAUCGGCGGUGCGAUGCAAGGGCACCCAUCCAUCCACGUUUGGAAGCGUGGUCGCGAUUGCCAAGUGAAAGGGGCUGACGUUGCCCUUAAAGAGAGUUCUAUUCCAGUUGUCUGUCUGGAUGCGAAAGAAGGCCUGGCAAUCGUGAACGGAACUGCGACCUCUGCAGCCGUGGGUGGCCUGGCUUUGCAUGAAACCCUUGGCCUCGCUGCUUUGAGUCAAAUCCUUGCAGCAAUGAGUGUCGAAGCUUUGCACGGUACUAGCGAAAGCUUCGAUCCGUUUUUCGCCAGAGUUCGCCCUCAUCCCGGACAAACGACGGCUGCCAGUAAUCUGUGGAAAUUCCUUUCCAGCUCGAAAUUGCUCAAUGACGGAGAUGAGUUCGGACAGGGAAGCCUACGACAAGAUCGGUACUCGAUUCGCACAUCUGCGCAAUGGAUGGGUCCGCUUCUUGAAGACUUGGAGCUAGCAUAUCAGCAGAUUACGAUGGAGCUGAAUUCGGUAACAGACAACCCUCUCAUCGAUACGGCUGGUGAUAAUGCUCGCAUCCUACACGGUGGCAAUUUCCAAGCGAAGUCAGUCACAAGCGCCAUGGAGAAGACCAGGCUGGCCGUUCAAUCCAUGGGCCGUAUGCUCUACGCGCAAUGCACUGAGCUGAUUGAUUCAUCCAAGAACAACGGAUUACCUCCUAACCUGUCUGCCGACGAGCCUAGCGUGUCCUUCACGUUCAAAGGUGUAGACAUCAUGAUCGCUGCGCUACAGUCGGAGCUAGGCUUCCUCGCAAAUCCUAUCGGGAGCCAUGUCCAGACAGCCGAAAUGGGAAAUCAGGCCUUGAACUCGCUCGCACUGAUAUCGAGUCGCUACACUUUGGACGCGGUUGCUGUCUUGUCGCAAAUGGCAGCUGCCCAUCUCGUGGCUAUCUGCCAGGCUCUCGACCUCCGUGUGAUCAAUAUCCAGUUCAUGCGAACUCUGGAACAGGACUUUAUUAAAUUGUUCAGCGACAGCUUUCAAGUUCACGCUGUGCCCAGCAGGAACCUCCUGGCUCUCUCCAAGGAAGCCUGGGAUGCCUUUGCCAAGCAAGUGGAACAGCUACAGUCCGUUGACUCGUGCAGUCGAUUCCAUCAAGCCGCUCGCGCCAUUCUGCCUAUUUUCAUCACGGCAUUGCCACCCAGCACUUCCUCACCAGGCAUAAUCCAGACAUGGAUUGAUCGCCUAGGCUCCCAGGCGGCUGAGACAUAUUGCAAGACACGUGAGGCCUAUUGUAGGUGUCCAGAUGCCACCCCUUACCUUGGGGAGGCGUCGCGGAAGAUGUAUACAUAUGUUCGACAGAACCUGAAGCUUCCCUUCAUAGUCGAGGGCACACUCUGGCGCCCAAGUGAUUCCGCCAAGACACCGGAUAAUAAAGCGACGCCACCGCCCCUCCCUACGAUGGGCGACGUGGUUGGCAUCGCGUAUGAUGCCAUUCGCCGCGGGUCUUUGUAUACGGUAGCGGUGGAAUGUAUCCGGGAUGUGGAGCAAGACAUGGCGUAG